UCGCGUCCAAAUUCGUCCUGCAAGCACAGACUGUACAGGCUGUCCUGAAAAAAGCCGCGCGGCGCGCGAUAUUUUGCGCUUGGGAAACUUUCCUUCACCAUGAAAACUUGAAAAACAUUCUUAACUCAAUUUUUUUUAACAUAAACAUUAUUUCCCAUUAAUCAUGUGCUUUUUUAACUUAACUUUAUUCAAUGCAAUGAAAACUUAAUAGCGUUAAAAUCAUCAUGGACUUAACCAACGAAACUCUUUGUAGUGAAGCGAUCUAUGGACCAAAAAGGGGAGAACUGUAUAUUGUGGUGCCGAUCACUGUGGUUUAUGUGCUGAUUUUUAUCACGGGGACUAUCGGGAAUAUUACUACUUGUAUCGUGAUUUACAGGAACAAGUCGCUGCAUACCGCGACGAACUAUUAUUUGUUUAGUUUGGCGUUGUCGGAUUUGGUGCUACUAGUGUCGGGGUUGCCGCAAGAGAUUUACCUCAUUUGGAAUAGGUAUCCAUACGUGUUUGGGAGUACAUUCUGUUUUCUGAGAGGACUUAUGGCUGAAACUUCUGGCAACGCAACGGUUUUAACCAUUACUGGAUUCACUGUGGAGAGGUACUUAGCCAUCUGUCAUCCGUUCCUGUCACAUACGAUGUCAAAAUUGUCUAGAGCAGUGAAAUUCGUUUUAUUCAUUUGGGUGGUGGCGAUAAGUUUCGCCAUACCCCAAGCCCUCCCCUUGAAGCUGACAGGCAAGUGCCCCCUGUGCCUGCCCACCGAGCCAGUGAUGGACCACUCGUUCGAGAUCUCGACGUUCGUCUUCUUUCUGGCACCGAUGACACUCAUUACCGUGCUCUACAUCCUGAUCGGAUCCACGCUUAGGACUUCGAGCAUGAUGAAAACUAGAAGCGCAAACUAUAGAGCGCAUAGCAAGUCGUCGAAGAAAGUGGUCAAAAUGCUGGUGGCUGUCGUUGUGGCAUUCUUCAUUUGCUGGGCACCGUUUCACGUGCAGAGAUUAUAUUCUAUCUACGCCACCUUUCCGAAGCCAGAUGAGAAAACUCACUCCCUCUAUCUGCACAUCUACGAACUAGUCACGUACAUCAGUGGUGUUUUGUACUACGUCUCAGCUACAACGAAUCCCAUCCUGUACAGCAUCAUGAGCGUGAAGUUCAGGGAAGCAUUUAAGGAAACAUUCGCCCGGUGUUGCGGACUCGGCCUACAACGCGCUAAGCCUCAAAGACAUUACUCAACCCUCCUGAAGAACGGACGAAACGGCAACGAGUCCACGGACUCCGCCAGGGACGACACCGUCCACACCAACACCACCCUGACGCACAAGAACUCCAACGAUUCCUUCGGUGGAUCUGUGAGGUUCAAAUUUUCCUUUCGUCACUCAUGCAAGACCGACUCAGGCCAUCCCCCUCUCCGAUCUGCGCACAUCCCCACACCGAUCGUCGCCGCCUACGCGUCCCUACCCAUCAUGUCAUCGGGUCAGAACGAGACCAAGUUCCAGAAACUCACCCAGUACUUCGAAUGUCUGAAGAACUCCACGUCCAAGGCGGGCAAAAAGAUGUCCACCAACGAAAGCCAAACAGGGUUGGACAACCAAAACGAUGAUCGAGCUUGUAACUCGUGCGAUAUCAGUAACAGCAGCUUGAAGGAUAUAGAGAAGGGAGCCAUAGAGGAUGAAUUGGGAGCCUACAUAAACGAACUGAGGAGCAGAAAGAUUUAGUACAGGAGAGUAUGGACUAGGAGGCGGAACCAGGCCUACCAGGAGACUGAGUUUUAGUAUUAGGAUGGGGAUUGAAGAUGAACUGUACGAGGCAAGGAAUGGACUACGGGUUUCUUUAAGACUUUAGUGGAGAUACUGUAGAAAUUCCUUUGUAUUUUGAAGAAUUUUUUAUGAUUAGAUUAUGUUUUUUGAGGUGACCUUUUCAUGAUGAGUUUCCGAUCUCUAGAUACACUCUCCCCAUACAGCCACGGUACGUGCUAUGGACGAGCGUCAGGUCCCUGGUACGUACAAGUACGUACAGGUACGUACUAUGUACGUACUAGGGACGUACAUUUUCCAACGCUAUGUAUGUCCCCGGUACGUCCCUGGGAUGUGGUAAAGUACGUACUAUGUACGUUGCAUGUACGUACAUUCCAGGUACGUACAUUUUAUGUUUUGUUCUAGACGAAAACUGGAUGUAAAAUGAUCGAAAGUACUUACAAUGUACGUACUACGGACGUACAUUUUUCAACGCUUUGUACGUCCCUGGGAUGUGGUAAAGUAUGUACUAUGUACGUCGCAUGUACGUACAUUCCAGGUACGUACAUUUUAUGUUUUGUUCCGGACCAAAACUGGAUGUAAAAUGAUCGAAAGUAUGUACAAUGUACGUACUACGGACGUACAUUUUUCAACGCUUUGUACGUCCCUGGGUGUGGUAAAGUACGUACUAUGUACGUCGCAUGUACGUACAUUCCAGGUACGUACAUUUUAUGUUUUGUUCCGGACCAAAACUGGAUGUAAAAUGAUCGAAAGUACGUACAAUGUACAUACUAUGGACAUACAAUGUGCGUACUAUGGACGUAUAUUUUUCAACGACGUAUUCGACCUAGGAAUUUAAUUAGAAAUAAUUCAAUGGAAGUCAGCUUAAAAUAUUUAUUAAUAUAAAAUCUCAGGUACAUGGUCAUCCCUUAUGUCUUGAUACACCCGUGAGUCUGGCUUGUACGUCCGUAGUACGUACUCGCAUGUACGUCCGUAGUGAAGUCCUACAAUGUACGUAAAUAGUACGUACAUGGGGCACGUACUAUGUACGUACGCUUUUGUACGUACAUAGUACGUCCCUAAUUGGUCCCGGGACGUAGCGACGUAAAAUGGACAUAAAAUGUACGUCCCUGGGACGAAGUGUGCUGUAUGGGUCCAGUCCUAUUCUUCUCAAAAAGUCUCACAAUUUGGAGACUGAACUCUCCGAUUUUUUUUGAUUUUUAUUAUUUCAAUAUUGCAGUGUCUUUGCAUUACAGUAUCUCUGCUUAAGUAACAAUCUUCAUAAACAUAGAACAUGUUUGUGGAAUCGGUUAUGUACAAGGUAUUACGAGUUGUGUGGCCAAAUUUUAUCAAAAUACCACAUGAUUGGAAAUCGAUCACAUUCGCAAUAUAAAAUUAGUAGUAAAAAUAAAAAAGAUCGAUAUUUUUAAGUAAUUUAUAUAUUAUUAUAAUUAAAAUUAUUAAAUAAUUAAAU